GCAACGUCCAAGAAAGACUGUAAAGCUAUGGCGCUGGACGCGUCAACGGAGCUUCUUUUUCUAGACACAUUUAAGCACCAGAGUGCAGAGUUAACUAACGUGGAUGUGGUGCGGUUUCCUUGCGGGGUCCUGAUCACAGAGGUGCGGGUCAUUCCUCCAGGAGUCAAAGCUCACAGCAACUUGCCUGACAGCAGAGGAUUUGGGGAAACAUCUCCUCAUGCCUUUCAGUUGGAGUUGUUCUUCAAAAAUGUCACCAAGCCCAACAGCCCCACCUUCCACAGACUGGGCAGUUUGGAAUACGAUGAAAACAAGUCCAUCGUGUUUAGACCCUGUGGAAAGGUGAACACCGAUGGGCUGGUGCUGCGCGGCUGGUACACCAGCCUGACCCUGGCAGUUUAUGGGACAGCCGACCGUCCGCAUGGGCAUGACCAUGAUUCACCGCCCCCUCCUCCACCCCCACCCCCACAGCAGCCAAGCGGCCUGAAGAGGAUUGUCAAACAAGAAUGGGAAAAAGAUGAUCAGUACAAUGGCAGCCCGCCCAGGCCAGCACCCAGAGGUCCUCGUACUCCACCUGGACCUCCACCUCCAGAUGAUGAUGAGGAGGAGCAGGUCCCAGUGACAGUGGGCGUGAUCAAAGAUGAGCCAAGCCGAGGUCGUGACGACUACAUGGAAGCUGUGUCACCUGAAAGAUCGCUGCCUGUUGAGGAAACGUUCUCAGAUGCCGAACAAGAAGAAGAAGCUGAGGAAGAAGAGGAAGAGCGUGAGGAGGAGGAAGAAACACGGACUGAAGGGAGCGUUCAUGAGGACGAGGAGGAAGAAGAAGAGGAAGAUGAGGGUGAGGACGAGGAGGAGGAGAUGGAGGAAGGUGACGAUGGGUAUGAGCAGAUUUCCAGUGAUGAGGACGACUUGGACAACGGGAGCUUCAAGCUGCCCACCUUUGACAUGGACUACACUCCUGAGGAUCUUGCGUCCGUCCCACCUGUCCAGUACGAUCCAUACGAACGAGAACUCAAACCCCUGGUUUACUUCACUUCUCCGUACAAGACUCGUUUUGAUAUCCAGUUGGAGAAGGCCACUGUGGAAGAGCCCAGAGAUGCUGGUGGAACAGAAGGACCAGCAGGCGGAGAGGAGGGUGAAGCUGUUGCUCAGCUAAAAGAACUACUAGCUGGUGUUGGUGAAGACAGAGAUGCUCAGUGGGUCACUGCUCUGGAGGAGGCACCUGGACUACUGAACAAAGGCUUAGCUUACUUAAUUAAACAAGGACAGGCAGAGGCGGAGGAACCUAUUAGAGUUUUAGUUCGAUGGGCUCUCCAAGCUUUAAGUAUGGAGGUUGCUCUCACUCAACCCAUCGCUCUUAAUCUCAGACAAUUGAAAGCUGGUGCAAAGUUGGCGUCGUGCCUGGCCGAGUGUCCACAGGGCCUCACGGAGCUGCUAAAUCAGGGGUCCCUGAAUGUGCUGCUGGAGCUGCUCAACGCUGACCACGUCUCCUCCACUUUGAAGCUAAGCAUCCUUAGAGCUUUGGAUGCUCUCAUCAGCACUCCUGCAGGAUGUGAAGCUUUCCUGCAUGCAGUAGGGUCAGAGAAAAGUGGCUACCAGCGUUUAGUCCAGAUGUUCCUGCGUGAAGAAACAGUCCGGGUUAUAACAGCUGGAAACGCCAUAUUACAAAAAAGCCACACGUAUGAAGUGCUCACCAACCUGCGACAUGCGGCAGAAGCGUGGAGUGAACCGCAGCAGGAGGAGUUGGAAGAAACUGAGAGCUCCAUGGAGGAGGAACCCUCGCUAAGCUCCACUCCUGUAAGUGAGGCUGAGCUUGAUAGGCUUGCAGAGGUUUUGGAGGAGCUUCUUCACCUGUUGGAAAGUGCUCCUCACAGCAUGGUGCAACCUCCCGGAAAAGCCUUCCCCACUACUGCCAGAAUAACGGGACCACAGGAGAGGGAUAACCCUUACCCAACAUUAUAUAGGUAUAUGCACACAUGCCAUUUCUUAGAGAGCACCACUGUGGUGCUGUCGGCGGCUGCUGCAGCGGGGCACGUCUGCGUAACCCAAGCGGUCAAAGAGCUCCUUCGCUUCCUAUCGCUCACCCAGUCCAGUCUACUCUUCCUUCUGGCCCAGGCUACACCCACCAACCUCCUGCUGCGUCUCUUGGCAUCAGUGACAGACCCUGAGAGCGAGGACAGCACAUUAACAGGAGGAGAAGGAGGGCUUGUGGGGCCCGGCUUUGGGGAGGAAGGUUUUUGUGUCUGGCUGAUACAGGCACUGCAUGCUCUGCAGGGUGUGUCAGAACUCAUGAGCCAUGUGGCAGCUGGAGGAGAGGGUGGCGCAGGACUCGAGGAAGGCGAUAACCCAGAGGUUCUGGGCCUGCUCCAUGCACUUUACCUAAUGACCUUCACACAGACAGGCCGCAGUGCUGUGGCCCACGUUUUGAGCCUGGAGAACAACCUGUCCUGUCUGGUCACUCUCCUCCAGCAUCACAGCAAGGACGCACAAGGUGAGGGCAAAUCUCGUAAAGCAGUGACAUAUAACUAUGCUUGUAUGCUAGUCCUAAUGGUGGUUCAGACUUCUAAUGAACUGCGGAUGAUGGAGCAAUACGCUGCUCCGCUGCUCUCUGUAGCUAAAGCAGAUGACACUAAUGCCAAGUUGCAGGAGCUCAGUAAAUGGCUGGAACCUCUGGACAAACUCCGCUUUGAGAUUGGCAGCAUUCCUACCCUCAUCAACUACGUUAAGCAGAAUGUGGAAAAUGUGUUGAAUGCUGAUGGAUCUGGGCUGGUCACGGCUCUGAGGGUCCUCAAUCACAUCGCCUGUCCACCUCCUGUUGAAGGCCAGCAGAGGGAUCUGAAGUGGAGCCUUGCAGGUGUCCAGCUGUUCUCCGGGGAGGGUCUGGAUACGUGUGUGCGUGUCCUGCAGAAGUUGUGCAGCGUGUUACUGCAGCCAUGGCGUGCGCAUGGACACAUGGGCCCGACGCCGCAGCGCUGCAUGAUUCUCAGCAUAUGUAUUGGCACCCUCAGGCUCUUGCGCACCAUGCUGACUGAGCUGCUCUCUGGGGGCGCCUUCCAGUUCAGAGACACGCGAGUGGCUAAUGUUUUGGUGACGCUCCACAUGAUUGUGUGCUCCAUUCCUGCAUCAGGACGUCUAGACGGGGAGGAGACCAGAGUGCAGGCGCUAAUCGUGGAUGUGCUGCUCACCUUCACACAGGGCGUCAGCGAAGAGGUCACUCACACCGAAGAGACUUUAGCCAGUAACACAUGGUCCCUGAUGCUAAAGGAAGUCUUAAGUUCACUGCUAAAAGCUCCUGAAGGUCUGUUCUCUGGCCUGACACUGCUCUCUGAGCUCCUGCCUCUUCCACUGCCGGUGCAAAGCACUCAGGUGCUGUCAGUCCAAGAUGUGGCUAUAGCUUUAAACACCAGGAAGUUGUGGAGCAUGCACAUACGGGUACAGUGGAAUGUGCUUUCCGAGGUGCUGAGUUGCGUGUGCUCCACCAGCUGUCCCCCUCUCCUGACCAUGCUGAGGAGAGUGUGUGUUCAGCUGGCCGACCUGUCUUCAAUCACAGCCACUCUCGUCAUGAAGGCUGUGUCGGAGCUGCUGCUGGAGGAGCUGCAGCCAGCGGAGGGAAAAAGUGUGUGCUGGGGCCAGGUUUUACGCCUGCUGUCCUUGAUGGAUGCUCUGGCAUCACAAAGGGCUUGUAAGAGCGCAACACUGCACCUGCUGUCUGGUUCCGUUUCUGGAGACGAGCAGCUGGCAGAUCUGUUCCCUUUGCUUCUGUCCUUGUUGGUUCCUCCAUCCGAUCACUCCCUGCAACAGCAGCAAUGCAGCGUUCUGGUGGGAACAAUAUUACAGUCACUAUGUGAUCAGGACAUAUCCCUUGUGGUGCCUCCGCCUGGUGACAGCUGUGUGUCGGAGUCUGAACAGCUGGCCAACGCACUUCCUGGUCGAGAUAUGCUAUCUUCAGUGUGCAACUCUCUGCUGGAAGUUUUAGGGAAUAAAGAGGGCAGUAUCCCCCUCCUCCUCACCUCCAUCAGGACUUUAACAUUCCUCACAGAGCAUGACUAUGGAUUCUACUACUUCAAAAUCGCUUUGCGGAAGCAUGGUUCAGAACUGUGCUCGCUGCUGAAGAGGCUGGUAGUUUCUUUCAGCAAAGAUUCGACAGAUCUGCUGUCAGCUCUGCUCGACUUUCUCAGGCAGAUUAUCCACACAGACACAGGGUGCGCAGAAGAUGGUCAGGUGUCCCGUGAGGAACCUACCUGUGGUCCUCUACAUUUUCUGUCGAGUUCAGAGAUGAAAACUCUGCUGCGAUGGGAGGACUCGGAGUCCCAUCCGCUUUCUGCUUUAGAGAAGCAACUAAUGAAAUUAUGUAAAGAUGAUGACUCUUUGGAAACCGUGUUGGAAAGCGUGGUCGUUCUGAGGCAGAUGUUGGAAGGGUCCACAGAGGCACCGCCUACAGCAGAAACCGAGCCCGUUCUACCAGCACCUGAAACCCUUGCAGCUCAGUUUAAUCACAGGACGGUGUUCAUUCUGUCAGAAGCAUUAGAUGAGCACCUUAAAGCACUCUGGUUUUCACCCUUCCAGACGGAUGAUAUCGAAUCAGACCUCGACACAGUGAAGGUAGAUCUACUGGGACUGGCUCAGGAAUGUUGUCCAGAACUGGACCUGAAGGCAGAGCUGGAGCGCUCCUUUCUAUCUGAGCCAUCGUCUCCUGGUGACACCAAGGCUUCUAAAGGUUUUCGACUGGGCAAACACAAACACGAGACAUUUAUUACAUCUAGUGGUAAAUCUGACUACACCGAACCUGCUAAGAGAGCCCACAUCCUUCCAGCUCCUCGUGGCCGUGGAGGCCGAGGAGGGUUCGGCCAGAACCUGUCGCGUCCUCAUGAUAUUUUCCGCCUGCGUAAACAGAAUACUUCCCGUCCUCCCAGCAUGCAUGUGGAUGACUUUGUUGCAGCAGAGUUUAAAGACGUUGUGAACCCUCUUGGAAUUAUGCCCCCAAAACGUCUCCCAAAAAGUAUCCCAAAGCCCCCCACUAGAGGUCUGUUCACUGGUAACAGAGGCCGAGCCGCCUUUCACAGCCAGACUCGCUUUUUCACUCCACCACAACCUAAAGGUGUUUUGCUGUCAGGGAACUAUGCUCGAAGAGAGGGAGGCCGUGGGUCUUUGUGGAGCGGCCAAGUUCCCGCUGUCACUCACAGAGGAACCUACAGUGAACCUCGCGGAGGUCAGAGCAACUUUGCGCGAGGCCCUCUGCCCUCCCGACAGCUUCCUGCAAUGUCUUUUCCCUCCACAGGCGCCUAUCGAUUGGCGAUUCGCGAUCGAGUGCCACGGGGCAGAGGAGGGACGGGGCUGUCGUGGCUCGGUGGGGGAGGAGGCGCCAGCGGUGUCGGAGGAGGAAGAGGAUCUCAGGGGAGCAAAUUCAGUGGUGGGGGUGGGAGUGGAGGUGGGAGGGGCAGACAUGUGCGCUCCUUCACCAGGUAA